UGUAAACACUCUGUGUCCUUGGCUUCUAAGAUUCAGCCGAUCAUACGUGAUAACAUUAGUUUAAUAUUCGUUUAUUGAGUCACGGACUAAAAUCAGGUCCCUGGAAAGUCCUGGAAGGUUCUGCGCCCAUGGACAAGUCCCCGUUGGAGUGCUACUUUGAUAACUUCAUUGCAAACCGUCCCCUCUGGAUCAUCCACAGACCUCAGACCUGCCAACAGGACUCUGUAAUGACGGAGAAGGAGGAGGUGAAGGAAGAGCUGGGCGAUAAACCAUUCCUCAGCAUACUGCCUGAAGAGCUCCUGACGCCGUACAAGCCCAGCCAGGACGACACAGACAAACGCACCAGUCUGGACUACAGCUCCCAGAAUUCCACAGCAGCGGCCGAGCUCCCGGGUGGGUCGUCCGUGCCGGAGCUGGGUGCCUCCCCUGUUUGUCCCGUGACCCCCGUGACCCCCGUGACCCCCAUGAUGCCUGUGACACAGGAACCAGAAACCAUCCCACAGAUACAGAACAUCCUCUCUACAGUGACGCUGGGCUGUUGUCUGGACCUGGACUUCAUUGCUUCCAAGGCCUGGAACGUAGAGUACAAACCAAAGACACACAAGGCGCUCACCAUGAGGAUCCGGAAACCGCGAACGACAGCAAUUAUCUACGAAACUGGAAAUAUUGUCUGUACAGGAGCCAAGAGUGAGGAGCAGUCAUGGCUGGCGGCCAGGAAGUUCGCCCGCAUAGUGCAGAAGCUGGGCUUCCCCGUCGGCUUCUUCAACUUUAAGAUUCACAACGUGGUGGUCACUUGGAAGACCUUCCCGAUCAGUUUGGAGAGACUGGCCCACUAUCAGCCCUGCAGUUACGAACCAGAGCUGUUUCCCGGCCUCUACCUCUACGUGGUGCCUGGCAUGACUGCAAUCGUCUUUCCAUCUGGGAAGAUUAUUCUAAGCGGAGCUAAAAAUAACGCUGAGGUCUACAAAGCAUUCGAAACCCUCCAACCAAUCCUGAGCAGCUUCAGGAGAUUCAGGAGGCAGCGAUGAGAGAUGCACCGGACUCUGACAGGAGCUCCUGUCCAUUUUAAAACUAAUGUUAAAAAUGGACUUGGUUGUAGAGUCAUUGUUGAACAGAGGGGUUAACAACCUUGAAGGAAAUAAAUGAAUGUCUUCCAUCU